UCCACAAACAAUUCUCAUUGUAUCCCAUUCAUAAAGACCUCAAGAUUGUGAAAGAGGGAGAGAAAAGCUUCGGGCCCAUUUCCAUGGCGGACGGUGAGGGCAAAAUCGGCAACAAUGGGAAAAAAGUUAAUCUUCUGGUGGUUACAUACCCAGCUCAAGGUCACAUAAAUCCCCUUUUACAAUUCUCCAAACGUCUCCAUCACAAGGGCGCCGCCGUGACCUUCGUCGUCACCAAAUUCCUUUUCAAUAACCAACCCAACUCCGACCACCCUCCGCCGUUUCCCGUCGAGACCAUCUCCGACGGCCACGACGCCGGCGGAUUUCUCUCCGCCGUUUCCAUCUCCGACUAUCACGACCGCCUCAAGCACGACGGGUCACAGACUCUCCGGGAUCUGAUUCGGCGGAAGGAGGACGCCGGCCGCCGGUUCGACGCCGUGGUGUACGACGGAUUUAUGCCGUGGGUUUUGGAUGUGGGGAAAGAAUUUGGGCUGAGGACGGUGGCGUAUUUUACACAGUCCUGCGCUGUGAAUAACAUUUAUUACCAUGUUUACAGGGAAGAAAUUAAGGCGCCGGUGGUGGCGGCGGCGGCGGAGGAGAUUCGGAUCGCCGGAAUGCCGCCGCUGACGACGGCGGAUAUGCCGUCGCUUGUCCAGGUUGGGAACCCAUAUCCGGAAUUCUCUGAUGUGGUGAUUAAUCAGUUUGGAAACGUGGAGGAAGCCGAUUGGUUAGUCUGCAACAGUUUCUACGAACUAGAACACCAGGUGCUAGAAGGGAUGGAGAAUAAAUGGAACAUGAAGACGAUCGGACCGAACAUACCAUCGUUCUACACCGACAAACGAAUAGACAACGAUAGGGACUAUGGGUUCAACCUUUUCAAAAUGAACAAUGAGGUUUGCCAAAAAUGGCUAGACGCCCGUCCAAAAGCGUCAGUAGUUUUUGUAGCGUUCGGGAGCUAUGCAGCUUUGAGCGUCGAGCAAAUGGAGGAAUUGACUUGGGGUUUGGCACAAAGCAAUUCCUUUUUCUUGUGGGUGGUAAGGGAGACAGAGGCGGCGAAGAUUCCAGCAAAAUUUGCAGAAGCGACGGCGGACAGAGGGCUAUUGGUCCCUUGGUGCCGUCAAUUGGAUGUUUUAUCACACGAAUCGAUCGGUUGCUUUGUGACGCAUUGCGGCUGGAACUCGACGCUGGAGGCUUUGACCAUCGGCGUUCCCAUGGUGGCGAUGCCGCAGUGGACAGAUCAAACCACCAAUGCCAAGUUUGUAACGGACAUUUGGAAGACCGGAGUUAGGGCUCCGCUCGACGAUGCCGGAAUAGUGCGGCGGACAACGGUUGCAGAUUGCAUCUUGAAGGUCAUGGAUGACAACGGAGGAACGGAGAUUCGGAAAAACGCCGCUAAAUGGGGAGAGUUAGCGAAACAGGCGGUGGAUUGCGACGGAAGUUCCGAUCGUACUGUUGAUGAGAUUCUUGCCCAAUUGGUUUCUGUUUGAAUAUUUAAAUUUAAUUAUUUUUAUUUUUAUUUUUAUUUUCUUUUGGUCUAUUUUCAAAAUGUUUGUUACCAUUGAACCUCUGCCCGUCAUGUGUUCUUGUGUAUGAUGACACCCGUGGCGUGGCCCUUCAUGUGUCUUUGUGUAUGAUGACAUGUGUCCACCCUUCAUGUGUCCUUGUGUAUGAUGACAUGUGUCCCGUGGCCCUUCAUGUGUUCUUGUGUAUGAUGACAUGUGAUGACACAUGUCUUUGUUUAUGAUAACACGUGUCUUUGUGUAUGAUGACACGUGUCCUGUGGCCCUUCAUGUGUUCUUAUGUAUGAUGACACCUGUCCCGUGGCCCUUCAUGUGUUCUUGUGUAUGAUGACACUUGUCCGUGGCCCUUCAUGUGUUUUUGUGUAUGAUGACACCUGUCCCGUGGCCCUUCAUGUGUUCUUGUGUAUGAUGACACUUGUCCGUGGCCCUUCAUGUGUUCUUGUGUAUGAUGACACUUGUCCGUGGCCCUUCAUGUGUUCUUGUGUAUGAUGACACCUGUCCUAUGGCCUUUCAUGUGUUCUUAUGUAUGAUGACACCUGUCCGUGGCCUUUCAUCUGUUCUUGUGUAUGAUGACACUUGUCUCGUGGCCCUUCAUGUGUUUUUGUGUAUGAUGACACAUGUCUCGUGGCCCUUCAUGUGUUUUUGUGUA